UAGUUAAAUCACUAUAAUUGUCUAUCUGUUGCUUUAUUUUGUUUUUGUUAUUGUUUGUUUUUACACAAGAAAUUUAUUGUUAUUACAAAUCCUUUUCUUCUAUUUUUUGGUGUUAAAAUUAUGUGAAUGACCUGAUAAUCAAAAUCUUAACUACUUGAUUAAUCAGUAAUCCAUUCAACUUUAAACUUGUAACAUUUAUCAUCAUCAAAAGCGUUGUUCGACUACUGUGAACCAUCAACAACUCAUAACAAUAAUAAUAUUAAUUUACUUCACCAAUGGACUGACAAGAAUUAAAGUCCAUUAGAUUUGUAAUUAACCCAGAAAAAAAGGAUUUAACUGUCAAUAUCAACAAAUUAAUAUCAACUGUAAAGAGCAAAUUAAACAUAAAAAAAGGCUCAACAUCGAUAAAACAUUUCGGUUACAUUAUUAUCUGGCUGUAGCAACUUUGAUCACUCAUCCGUUAUUUCAUUUUGUGUUUUCUAAUUGUUGUUAAGCUAACCUGUUGCUGAUUACAGUAUUAUCAUUAUUACAGCGUUGCUUAUGCCAACGGCGUGUCAACGCUCACAAAUAUACGGCCAACGACCCUGAGUAACUUCACCAAACGUCCCAUUGUGUUGACUUUGUUUUAAAAAUUACAAUUAUCCAGAGCCUUAUACCAGAAAAUAUCAAACAAAAUUGAACCCUUUCAUUUUGUCCAUGAGAUUUAACCAUUGUAAUUAUUGCGAUCAAUUUUUUAAACACAUUGUUUAACAUUUUUCUUCAUCUCUUUUAAUCAACAAUUUAACCUUUUUCAUAACACAAUAUGUUGUCAUCAAAUGGAGCCAAUGGAGGUCUUCAAAAACCACUGCGAUUACGACGAGUUAAUCAUUCAGAUGAGGUUGUCUCGGGAUUCAGUAAACUCCUUAAAACUGAAUCUAUGACAGAUGUUACUCUAAUAUGUUCAGGAGGACAAACAAUUAGAGCUCAUCGUGUUAUUUUAUCAACUUUUUCACCCUAUUUUAGGGCCAUCUUUGAAUCACAACCCUUCUCCAAUAAUCCUUGUCAGUAUCCAGUUAUAGUAAUUAAGGAUUUGGCUCUUAGUGAAUUAAGAACCAUUGUUGAGUUUAUUUACAAGGGUGAGGUUUCAGUGUCAAGGGAUAAGUUAUCUGCUGUACUUCAAGCUGCCAAAGAGCUUGAAGUCUCUGGUUUAUCUGAUCUUAAAGUUGAUGGUAACUCGUCUUCAUCUACAUCAUCUUCGUCUUCAGCAUCACCUUCAACAACAUCCAAUAAUCAUCAUACAAUCAGUGGAAUAAACGGUGACAUUGAACUGCAGUCUAUUCGUAAUCACAUCUCAUCAAUGAAUAAUGGUGGUUCCAUUUGGAAACGAUCUCAUGAGGAUCAUUCAUCAAACCAUGGAUCGGUUAAUUCACUGUUCAACUUGGGUUACGAGACUCAGAUGAAAAAAUCCCGAGUAACUUUAGAAGGAGCCGAUGGAAUUGGAAUAUCGGUUUCAAAUGCCUUAAUGGGUGAUAAUGGUUCUUCAAUGGUUAAUCAUGAUUCAGUUAGAGGUUUACUUCACCAACCAAAUCGAAUAUCCCAAGAGCUUCAAAAUAUGAGAUCGCUGCACAAUUUAUCGUCACUCAAUAAACAAAGACAUUUAACUGUUGAACAGCUUUUGCAACAAAAGCAGCAACAUAUUCAACAAAGACAAUUGCUUCAACAAAAGAUUAGAGUUCAGCAACAACAACAACAAAUCAAACAACAAUUGUUGCAGCAGCAACAACAGUUGAUUCAGAAAAAUGUCUCACCCAAGAGUUUACUUCAACGAUUUGCCGGUUCACCUCAAAGCAAUGGAAGUAGCUUUAACCAAUUUCAGGAAAAGAUAAAGGCUCAAAUGGCUGCCCGAAAUGGAAAUAGCUCGAGUGAUCAAAACAAAGAGGAAACUGAAGAUGACAACAAAAGCAAAUCAGAAGGUAACCCUAAUGGAGCAGAAAGUAGAAACCAAGCUGAAUCAACUGAAGAUGAGACUGUUGAUGUUGAUGGAAACACAGCUGAUGAAGCUGAAGAUUUAACCAAUGCUAAUGAUGGCGAUGAAAAUGGCUUGAAAGAAGGCAGCGAUGAAAGUAAAGAAACUGAUGAAGAGCAAAGAUCCAGAGGUCGUCGCAAGAAAACAAUUCCUCGUAAAACUGUUGCCUCUGAUGAUAUGGUUGAUUCAGAUACAGCGGAGAACGCUCAGGGAGACGAAGAUGGGGAAGAUGGAAGGAAAAAAGAGGAAAAUUAUACAAAUGGUGGAGGUUUAGAUGAAGAUGAUGAUAGUCCAGUUAUAUUGAAGACUACAAUUGACGAUGCUAGUGAUUACAUUGACGAGGAUGAUUUAAAUGAGGAAAACGAUGAUUAUGAAACAAAUGGAGGUAUUGAUAGAGAUGUUAUAUUCCAAAGGCAACAACAACUUAGAUUACAACAAUUACAACAACAACAAAAGUAUCAACAACAAAUGCAAUUCCAAUUACUUCAAGAACAACAAGAGGCCAAACUGCUUGAACUUCAUCAACAAUUACAACAAGCAACAACCAAUGAUACAAUUGUACCAGAUCAAGAUGACUCUGCACCAGAAUUGAGUUUAGAUUGGCAAGAAGGUUUCACAGAUGAAAGUUUUCCUUUGAUCACCGAUCUAAGAACAGGACCCGCAGCUAAUACAGUCAUAACAAAUGGAAAUGGACAUGAUAAGAACGUAAAUAACGGUUCUACUACAAAUAACGGCAAACAAGCAAUGCCUGACUUCCUUCAACCUCGCGGACCUGGUAGACCCAGAAAGGGUAACAAAUCAAACGAUAUCAGUCCAUGUCCAGAAUGUAAUAAGGUAUUUGUCCGACCUGAUGUACUUAAGCUUCAUUUCCGUAGUGUUCAUCUCAAUGAAAGACAUCCUUGUAAUAUGUGUCCCAAAAUAUUCAAAUGGCCGGGUGAUUUAUCUAAACACAAAAGAACCAAACAUCCUGAAGCAAUGGCAGCCCUUAAUAAUCAAAAAAACCAAUCUAGUAAUAGUUAACCUCUAAAGCUAUCAACAUAAAAGAACAAAUUGUUAAUUUAAUUUUGCGUUGAAAUUUUUAUUAAUCCACUCACUCACCUCGUCUCUCCAUCGCAUCUUUCCCAUCAUUUUUUUUUCAUCUUCAUUCACUUACUUCAUCAUCAUUGGCACCAAAUUACGGGCUUCACUUCAAAGAAUAAUAUUUUUAUCAUUGUUAUUUUGUCUUUUCCAAAGCUACACUUCAAAGCUUAUACAUAAGUCUUCCAUGCGAAGACCAUCGCUUAAUUACCUCAAAAGAUCUAUUCUCUAAAUAACAUUCCAGGUUUUCUUGAAAACGUUAAUAUAUAUCUAUUUUAUAGAAUACAUAAUUAUUAUUUCUACCAGAGUUUUACAAGGAAUCCAUAAAAUUAUCAAACUUAUACAUAAAUAUAAUAUAUUUUUAAUUUAUGAUAAAAAAUUGAAAUUACCCCGAAGAUACAAUAUCAACCUGUAACUGCUAAACUCCUAGUGAAAAACAAACAUUAAAACAAUCAUUGCCUUAUCAUCAAAUUUGAAUAAUUGAUUUCAUUGAAUUAAUUUUCCCGGAUCAGCUAAUACGCAAUACAUUUCAGAAAAGUAGCGAUUCGCUCGACCAAUUGGCAUUUCCAACCAAAAUAAUAAAUAUCCCCGAGUUCAGUUCCGCUAGUCUAAAAGCUGCUGUUAUUUUUGGAUAUGGAGGUCACCCUGAAAGGCUGAAUAAAAAAGGAAAUAUUUGUGACUAAAAUUUGAAUUUUUUUCUUCAUCAAUGUAAUAUUUAACAUCGAAAACUGAUAAUUUAUGAUUCUGAAAAUAAAUUGAUUAAUCUGUGGUUAUGUUCAGACGGUGACAAGUGGUUUGCCUGUGAGCAAAGACUGUGAUGAAAAAAUAAAGGAGAAGUGAUCUUCAAGGAUAACUGGUUUAAAGUUACAGCUAAUUUUGCUAUUCAGUUUCGAUUUAUUUCCUUAUUCAAUUCAUCCAUGCUUUCAUCAUUUCUUUUUAUCACUCACCUGUCUACAAAAUUAAUUUGAAACUGUCUUCAUACUUCUGUUUACCCUUUUAUCAGGUAUUUCAACUUCUUCUUCUCAAUCUUUUUAAAAACUCGCUAAUUCUCUGUCUAUCUCUUUCUCAUUCAGAUACAGAAACUUAAAAAGAGUUAUUAUGAUUGUUACCCAUUUUGCCAUCGACAGCAAACCGAUCAUUAUGGUGAAAAAUCAUGAGCUUACAAUCCUUUCAAUAAACGGUUUCAUCACUGCCAGAUAAUGUUUGUUUUCAUCUGAUAAUAUUUAUCUUGAUUUUGAAUAUGUUUAAAUGAUGAACCUUAUAUCGUCUAGUAAAUCAGAAAUUGUUUUUUUGUAUAAAAAUCUCAAUAAAUUAAAUGUGAUUCCUCGAUUGUUAUCAUCAUUGUCAAAAGCUUGUUUCAAUAAGUUUCUUCUCAAAACUUCAAAAGAUAACAUGUUAACAGUGGACGGUGCGAUUUCAACUUUUCAAUCAAGUUUACAGACAUUUUAUGAGCUUUUCAUUGGAUUUGUGGCUGUUCUGAGUGAUUUAAAAGAUGGCAAGAAGGUUAUAACAUCUACACAAACCCAGCCAUCAUCUUCAUCGGCAAAUGUGACCCGAUCAUUGUCAACUUUUCCACCUUAUAAUGAAGACGACGGUCUGACAGAAGAGCCUUUCAAUGCUAACAAUGAAAAGGGCCGAGCUGUUGGAAUAAUCAGAAACACAUUCGCUUGUUGGCAUUUCAUUACCAAUCUGCUUUAUUUAACCAAAAGAGCUGUUGCUGUGAAAGUUCGCAUUGAAAAUCCUAAAAAUAUUACCAUCAAUCCAAUGAGAAUUAAAAGAUUGGUCGUCAAGUUUCAUAAUAAAUUCAUAAAAUAACCAUUAUUCUGAUGUCCAUCGGAAGUUCACUGAAAGGAAGCUUAUCAUUACCAAUUUAUAUUGUAUUAUAAAUUAUGGAUCCAUUCACAAAUCAAUUACUUAUAAGUUGGAAGUUAAUUGCAUUGCAAUGUAAGCUCUUAUAAUAACUCAACUGUCUCAAUCAGAUAACAUUGAAUUGUAUCCAAAUGAGCGUCUUUGAUUGGGAAAUAAUCGUCUGCAAAAAGUAAUCAAUUUAUAAUAUUUACGUCAUGUUAAUAGCUCAAUCAAAGAUGACAAUUAAAGGCUUCAGCCCACAUGACUUUCAA